AUUGGAUAGUUUAGAAGUCAUUCACAGAUCCCUGCCAACCACUUCACGGGAACACGGGCAGCAGCUAAAACAAUGGCGUCGCAUUUCAGUGGAGUGCUUCAGCUCACGGAUCUGGAUGACUUUAUUACUCCGUCUCAGGAAUGUGUGAAGCCCGUGAAGGUGGAAAAGAAGCAGGGCAGGUCUGUGGCUAAAAUCCAGAUAGAAGAUGAUGGCAGUUAUUUUCAGGUCGAUCAUGACGGUCAAAGGCAAAAGUUGGAGAAAGCGAAGAUCACUCUGAACGACUGUCUGGCUUGCAGUGGCUGCAUCACGUCUGCGGAGAGUGUCCUGAUCACACAGCAGAGUCACGAGGAGCUGUAUCGCGUGCUGCAUCGAAAUAAGCAGGUCGGCAGCAGCGAGCAGAAGCUGGUGGUGGUGUCCGUGUCUCCUCAGUCCAGAGCCUCCCUGGCUGCGCACUACGGCCUCGGCAGCAGCGAGGUGGCUCGCAGACUCGCCAGCUUCCUGAAGAACUUGGGUGUCCAUCACGUGUUCGACACCGGCUUCAGCCGCUCAUUCAGCCUGAUAGAGAGCCAGAGGGAGUUUGUAGAGCGGUUCCGACGGAGGGAAGCGGACAAGAAGGCUCUACCGAUGCUGGCGUCUGCCUGUCCGGGCUGGAUUUGCUAUGCUGAGAAGACUCAUGGUGAUUUCAUCCUCCCGUACAUCAGCACCACCCGCUCACCGCAGCAGAUGAUGGGCUCUCUAGUCAAGGGCUAUUUUGCCUCUCAGAAGGGUGUUUCGCCGCAGAACAUUUACCAUGUGACCGUCAUGCCCUGCUAUGAUAAGAAACUCGAGGCUUCUAGACCAGACUUCUACCUCAGUGAGCACGAGACCAGAGAAGUGGACUGCGUCAUCACUUCAGGUGAAGUUCUGAAGAUGUUGGAGGAGGAGAAUGUGUCUUUGAGGGACCUGGAAGAAGUGGCGCCUUUAGACACGAUGUUCAGUAAUGUAUGUGGGGAGGAGCUGCUGGGUCACGCAGGGAGCGGAUCAGGAGGAUACCUUCAUCACGUCUACAAACAUGCCGCCAAACAGCUGUUUGGGGUUGAAGUAGAUGAACUCGCUUACAAGACAAUGAAAAACAAAGACUUCCAGGAAGUCACUCUAGAGAAGGACGGUCAAGUUCUGCUUCGAUUCGCUGCCGUCUACGGCUUCAGGAACAUUCAGAACCUGGUGCAGAAGCUGAAACGCGGAAAGUCACCUUACCACUUUGUAGAAGUCAUGGCAUGCCCGUCAGGAUGUCUGAAUGGCGGCGGUCAGCUGAAGCCGUCGUCGGAUCAAACUAACAGAGAGCUACUGCAGCAAGUGGAGGAGCUGUACCGCGGCGAACGUACCUCAGAGCCAGAGCUGGACUCCCGAGUGGCCGAGCUCUACCGGGGCUGGCUGGAGAGCGUGGGAGAGGAGCGGGGCCGACAGCUGCUGCACACGCAGUACCACGCCAUAGAGAAGAACACCAACGGCCUCAGCAUCAAGUGGUGAGGAGCCACCAGACUCUCAACUCUUUGUUUCUUUGCCUUCCUUCAAAUGUUUGUCCAAGCUAAGUUAAACUUUAACCAGCUGAGUUAAACUUUAAGAUGCGUUUGACACUAAACCAACUAUGAACAAAAGUGAUUGUGUUUGAAAAGACAGGCGAAGUCAUAUUUCCUGCAAAUAUGCUUCUAUAAAGUAAAGUAAGAUUACUAAUAAUUCCUCUCUUUACUGUUUAGUUUUUUUUUUUCAAUCCAUGAAUGUUGCCCUGUGUUAUUUUUCCUUUCAUGUAUU